UUGUGGUGCAGUGAUUUGUUGAUUUUUACAGCCCCUUUCCAUCUUCUGCAUGAGAAAUAAUAUUUUUAUUUUUAUUUUUCCGCCCGGAUACUUGCACAAAUGUGCAACCCGAUUCUCAUCCGCUUUCAGCUUUUGAUUUCGAUCACAUUUGCUUUUGUUUUUCAUCAGACUUGUUUUUCAGACAGGUUCAUGUUUCCUCCUUUUGUGUGUGCUGGGGAUUGGCUGGAGCAUUCGGCAGACUGAGGAUAUGCUGCAAAGGCUGAGGACCCUCCUGCAUAACCGUAGGCCCAGGUCUGGUGAACAAGGACGAAGCAGCAAAAGAAAAGAAGAGGGUGCCACAGUUCCCGUGGCUGCUUACCCUAAGAGCUGGCACUUCCUAGCCUGCUGCAGAAAAGCAAGACACCACCAGGAACCUGAACAGCAGCAGAGUUCUGGCAUCAGCACUCCACCAGCCCCUCCCAGAACCAAGUGGUAUCAUCUGUCCAGGAAGAGGGAGGCUGUCGCUGUCGAGGAUGGGAGAGAUGCACAGAAACACAGGAAAAGCUCCAGAGGACUUGAAAACCAGUCUGGAGAUUCAUUAGUCAGCAGUCUGCACUGCUCCCCUUUCUCCGCCACCUCCUACCAGUCUGAGCUGGAGGACUGGAAAGUGGAUGAGGAUCUCAUGGAAAUCAUACACAGGCAUAUGGAGGACAGAGAGGAGGUACAAAACCCCACAUCCCAGAGAGCCAGCAAUCAGGAUGAGGAUGUCCAUUUCCUCGCGGUCCUCUGUGCUUGCUGCAAGGCUGCAUAUAAGAGCGGCCAGGAGACUCUGGAUCUCCCCUACACCAAAGGAGAAUUGAUAAAGGAAAUCGUGGUGGUGAUGGAGAAGUCCCCUGUGCAGUCUGGGCCUACCCUUCUCCUGCUUUAUGCCAUGGCUGCCGUCUCCUGCCUCAGCAAAAUCAAGCCUCCAACUGACCCAGAGCUAUAGUCUGCGAUCCUGCGCUUCGCUGUUCGCGGGGUCAUAACAGUGCAAGCAGGACAUGUCCACAAACAGGUACAUUCUUAUGGAAUUCAUCAAACACACCUCCUGGAGCCAUGAUUGUUAAUUCCCUGAGAUACCUUCUAUCUUCAGGGGUGCAGUGGGCAAACAAAGCAGAGGAGGUGAUUCACGGGUGCUGACACAGUCUCUUUCCACCUCCU